AUGGUACGGAAGAAAUGCACCGUUGUAAAUUUGACGAGUCUUCAGAAUAUGUUUAAACUGGUGGAUAUAAAAAUACCACCCUCUAGUGCAGAUGAUAAGCAAAAGCCGGGGUAUAGAAAUAGAAGAUAUGAUGAUAGGUUUAAUUCGGAGAGUAGGGGAUUUAGAGACGGUGAGGAUGUCACUAGUUCAUGGAGGAUUGAUGAUGAUACUCGUGAAAAAACCGAUGGUUCUUUCAGUAACAUUAGAAGAGUGGCUUCCAAAGGAUGUAGCCCUGAAUUAAAUGAUGAUUCCUGGUCUAAUCUUAGGACAUUAUCUAGGGAAUCCCCGGAUAAGAAUUGGAGGGAUUCUUCUUGUCAAAGGUCGGAUUCUCGAUUUGGUUCCAAAAAAUCGGAACAUGUUGACACCCGUCCCCAACGAUUGAAAUUGAAACUUUUACCGAAGGGAUCAAAAGCAAAGUCUGAAGCAGAGAAUAAGUUAGAUUCUGUAAACUCACGAUCCUUAGUCACAAAUAAUAAAGAUUUUGUUAUGGAACAACAAGCUUCUAUUGAUAAUGGUGUCACUGAGUUAACUAAUAAAUCAGUUAAGACUCAAAGUAAAUCCAUAGCCAAUAUCAAUGAUACUGAUGAUACAGGUGCCGAAAUAGAUCUAGCCCUAAAGUCUAGGAUGGUAGCUAUCAGAAAACAGAAGGAACUGGAAGAGGCCUGUAAAAAUGAAAUACUUUCGUACAAUGCACUGUUUAACUGUGAUCCUGAGAGAGCUAAACUGGUUCUCGAUACUACAAUACAGAUUUUUGAAAAUGGUGCGACUGAUUACAGCACAAUGGUGGAUCAUAUAAAUAGUGUUUCUAUUGAGAACAAUUCAAACAAUUGCUUUGAAACCAUUGUACCUUCAGUUGUAGCUUUAUGCUAUAUUGUGUGCAAGAUGUCUGACGUCAAGACUCUAGAACAAUCCAAUGCCCUUAUGAGUAAAAUUAAGGGAUGGCUUAAAUACCUUAUUGGAAUUAGCAAUAUUAAGAACCAUGAACUCCACUUACUAAAUCAAAUAUCCAUAAUAUGCAAUUACUGGAAUUUACCUUCCCUUAGUAACGAUCUGUUCCUUAUUGAAGCAGUGUUUGAUUCCCUAUAUUGCUGUGGGAUAAUAUCGCAUUCUUCGUUCAAUGAAUGGUUCCAAGAUAAUUCAUCAGAAAUACCGUCAAAAAUAACUAUCAUGUUUCAAUUAUUGCAUUGGCAUAAUUGGUUUAUGGGAGAAACAGAGGCUAGUGAGCAUAGUACCGAUGAGAAUUCACAGGAGGAUGAAGAUAUUGACAUUGAGGCACUUGUACCUAAGAGGAUAGAAUUGAAGGGUAGAAAACCUACUUAUGCAUAUUAG